CUGCUUUUAAGGUAGUUUUCAUUUAAAAGCGUAGAAGUGAACAUGUUUCGCCACAACGGAUCGCCAGCAUUCAGCUUCAACAACAACCGCCUCUUUGGCGGCGCAACUUUCAAAGUGCUUAUGCUGCUGUUGUUGGCGCUCGUCGUAAUGAGCAAUGCGCAGAUAGGUUGCCCCUCAGCCUCGAAGGUAUUGACCUGCACGCCAAAAUGCAAACAAGAUACUGAUUGCAGUGGCAGCGGCGGCAAGUGUUGCCCGAAUUUGUGCAAUGAGCGUUCCUGUAUACAACGGAAUCAAUUGGACUACGGUAGUUCAUCGUCCUCUCGUGAUAAAUAUUCCGGUUCCAGCUCCUCCGGUGCCUAUUGCGGCAACACGAAAUGCAGCCCUUAUGAGAAAUGCGAAAUGGAUCGUUCGACAAAACGUGAAAAAUGUGUCAGAACUUAAGUCUCAAGCCGAGUCGCAACAAAUGCAUUUUAAAAAUUCUGUUUUUUUUUAACAAACAAGCACAUUUUUCUUUAACGUAUUUAUGCAAAUACAUGUACAAUAGUUUUAUGUAUCUAUCAUUCACUUACAAGUGGCGCCGCUAAGGCGAUUUGUACUAAAAGACAAGCAAUCAAAAUAAAUUUCAGCAUUUUGAA